UUUACCGAUCAGAUGAGUCACAUUCUUAACUGGACACUUGUCAAUUUUAAAACAUAAUUCUGCAACAGCAGUUUCAUCUGAAUUUGUGUCAGCUUGACCAAAGCUUACAUAACCUCCUCAGUUGAUCAACCAGUCCUAAAAGACUCUUUGUGCAAAUCGAAAGUUAGAGAAUCAGAAGAGAAGAGCCAUGGAGAUGCACGAAAUCUCCGCAGAGGGGGAAAAAAUUGAAGAUGUAGAAGCAAGUGAGCCGACGCCAGAGGCCAAAACUGAAGAGGAAGCAGAACCUGACCACUAUUCCAAGCUACAAAGUCCAUCGGAUGAUAUCUAUUCAGAGGCUUAUUAUGGUGGCGCUCCAAUGAAAGAUAAAGCAGAGAAACCGGCCGAGGGAAACACACGUCUGUACCGCGCCGUCUGUCUACUCCUGGCUGUAAUCUGCCUGAUCCUGCUGCUGGUCGUCAUUGUCCUCAGUUUGAAACUCCAAACUGGAUCCACAGACUGCCCACAGUUAGUGGAGGACACUUGCAGCUAUGAGCGGUGCCAGGCUUUCUUCCCCAGCGUUCAAACCCACAAUCCCGCUCCACAGCGCAGGUGUCAGCAGUGCGCCGACGGCUGGCUGACUUUCGGCCACUCUUGUUUCUUCCUGUCCACCUUCAGGCUGAACUGGAAUGAGAGCCAGAGGAACUGCAGCGACAGAGGAGGAUCUCUGGCUGUCAUCAACAGCCAGAGUCUUCAGCAAUUUCUGACUAAGGAGGGGAAGAUGCAGUACUGGAUCGGGCUGAGACAGAACAGCAACAGGUGGACCUGGGUCAACAACACUGUGCUGCAACAGAGUUAUUGGGCAGGAGUCCGGUCAAAGGGUGACUGUGGGGUCCUCGGCAGUGAUAGCCCAGCUGAGAGGAACUGGUUCACAGCUCCCUGCCACACCUACACCUACUUCAUCUGUCAGCUGCAGAUGUGACGGCAUCGGUCUUCUUCAAUGGAAUGAUGAGCAAAUCAAAAUUCCUUCAACAAGCAUCAACUCCUCCAUAGCCUUUCAAAUCAUUUCUCUUUCCACUGCACAUUAUAAUCAAUAGCACCCAGCAAAUAAAAAAAAUAUUCUUUUAUAUUAUAAGCUAAUUUGUAUUUGUAUCCUAACAUGUCAGCUACGUAUGUAAGAACUAAUAUAUUCUAUACGUGCUUUACUCUUACACACUGUAUCAUUCUUUAUACUGCUGUCAGACAAAUAAAGGCCAGUGCAUUUGUUUCAACAAGGUUUUAUUCUCAUAUAAAAAUGUUCAUGCAACUAA